AUGGUGGCAUACUGGCACCAGGCUGGGCUCAGCCACAUCCGGUACUCACAGUUCUGCGCCAAGGUAGUGAGAGAUGCGCUCAAGACCGAGUUCAGAGUGAACGUGGAGAAGACCGCAGGCAGCAACGUCAAGAUUGUGAAAGUGAAAAAGGAGUGACCACCCUGACGGGAGCUGGAGCUGCUGCAUUUCC